CGUCUACCACAUCAAUUGACAACUCCUGUGCAUGGUAACAAAACAAACCAGCAAUUGACGUACAUAGUACAUAUCCCUCUCCACAAAAAAAGACACUAUGACCCAACAUCACCACCACCACUACCGUCCCUACCACCACCAACACCCGACAGCAUCAGCAUCACCUACCAGAACCAACUCCAACUCCAACUCCAAACCCGCCCGCAGCUCCCGCAAAUCCCGCAAACAAGAAGACCGAUCAUCCGCGAGCCAACGAUGCUGGGAUUGGCUCCUUCUUCCCUCGAGCAGCAACACGCACUUCGCCAAGAACCGCGCCUCCUUCUGCACCUACCGCCGGGCGCCGUGCAAAAUCGCCAACCAGCGCGUCCUGGGCGUCGGCACCGUGCAGCUGCGCGUGCGGCGUGCGCCCAACGACCCGCGCACCACCACCCUCGUGCUGCACGACGUGCUGCACAUGCCCCAUGCGCGGUGCAAUGGGAUUAGUGUGACCAAGUUCACCGAGGAUUUCGAUUGCGCUGAGGGGUGUCGCGGCGGCGAGGCAAGAAGGAGGAGGAGUAGUGGAGGGAGUGUGGGCGACACUCUAGAAUUCGAGGGGAGGGUUGAGGUCGGGGUGGAAGGGGUGGGAGAGGCGGAGCAUCUGCAGGUCAGGCGGGCCAGUACCAGUACCAUUAGCAGUUAUGGCGGUGGCGGUGGGGAGCUUGGGGAUCGGGAUGAUCUGGGAGAGGGUUUGUGGUUUGCUGAUGGGAGACCUGAAAGAGGAUGCUCGAGGGUUGUUCUGGCUGGAGAGCAUCAAAAGCUGGACGUGGGGGACUUGGAGAAUGAGCAGAUGUUGAAGGGGCUUGUGAUUUCCAAGGAGGAACUUGAGCUUCUCAAUGAAAGGGUCAGGAAUCGAUCUUGGGUUUGAUUAGAUUCAUCUUAAUAAGGGUUGGGUCUGUCUUUUCAUUGCAAUUAAAUUGUUUGGCGUCUGGCGUAUUUGUACAUAAGACUGAUGAUGAUCCUGUAACCACUUUUAGGUGACAACCUUGUGCGCUCCGGCAUGUUAUGGUACACUGUUCAGCCAGCUGAUCAAUGCCACCGUGCAUUGGAGCGUCUCAAAGGCUAUGAAUCUGUGCCCACGGCAAAUCAAGCCAGGCAGGGUAGCUCUCGUGAUCAACCGACACUUCAGUCUACAUCCAUCAAGACAUCACUCAUGAUGUGAAGCACAUAGGAAAAUUUGCGCACGCUCCAUUUGCCAGCGUCUCUCAAUAAUCCGGCAUAGUCCAACAGAACGCGUCGUGCGGGCUGGUAACCGCCUUGGAUGGGGAUUCCUCGUAAGAACACUGUACCCCCGUUGCGGAUGAAAUUCACCGCUGGC